UGAUCGUUUGUGGCCAAUAGUUUCGUUCAAUCUGUGUUCAGCGUUGCGCGGAGAAGGAACAGUGAGUGUGGAACCCGCAUGGAAAAAUGGCAUCGGAAAAGAUCAUGCGUAGUGUGUAUGCAGUCGGUAUUGUGCUGCUGUUCAUAUCGCCCAAGAGCGAUGCGCGGGAGUUCCGGUGCUACUCGCGUCUCGCGGACUGCCAGCUGAGUGAGGUGGUGCUGGAGACGGAAUCGGCAAUAGCCGAUGCUCGCUUUAGCUCCAUUCCACGCUCACUGACCGUAGAGACAGGCCGGAUACCAUUCGUCACGAAGAGUCUCUUCAACAAAUGGUCGGAAGUGAACGACAUAACGCUUAAUGCGCUUAGCAUUAGGAGUUUGUACCUGCACCCCGGACUCAUGCAUGUCACCGCGAAGCACAAUGCCAUCGAUACGCUACUGCUUGAUAGCAACGCGACCGAGUAUGGUCUCCGUACGUUGCAGUUGUCGUACAAUGCACUCACAGAGCUACCGUCUUUGCUGGAUCGUUUUGUGCAGCUGCGUGUCCUUGAGCUGGACCACAACAAGCUCUCGACGGUCGACCUGACGAAGCUUGGCAAGCUGAGCGAACUGCGGAUGCUCUCGCUGGCCCAUAAUCAGCUCACGGCGCUGGUUCCGGAGCAUGCGACCCUUCGAAUGAUGAAGCUCCGCACGAUGUCACUGGCCGGCAAUCAGCUGGUUACGCUCGAUGUGCAAUCCUGGGAGAUGGACUCGUUAGUCGAGCUGAACCUUACGGCGAACAACCUGAACUGGCUCGACGGUCAGCUCGGUCAGUUUCCGGUGCUUAAGAAACUCGAAUUGGCCCGAAACCAUUUGAGUUGCGAUUGGUUCGUGGUGCAGCACCUGUACCCCGAGCCAAACCUGGAAUCGCUCCCCUUCACACUGGAUGUCGAUGAGCCGGGUCAGUGUGAGCAUGGCAGUAUGAUGCGGAUUGGGCAGCACUGUUGCGCCACGACGAAGCUUCCGGGUGGUUCGAUCGAUCCGUACGAAGAUAAAUGGUCCGAGAUCGGGGAGCUGGAACGUAAGAUCCAGAAGCUAAACCGAACCAUGCACCAGGGUUCCAGCGAACGAAAGCAGCUACUGGAGAGCAAGUACACCGAUCUGUCCCAACGAUUGGAACAGCUGCUCGAGAAGCACGCAACAGUUAAUGAAGCGCUGCAAAAGAUGGAGACGAAAGUCAAUGCCAUCAGCGAAGAUGAGCUGGCCACGCUGGAGCGUGAACUGAACGAAAAGAUGGAGUCGAUCCGGAUCAGUGUCGAAGAGAAGUGGAACAGUACGUUGCUGAAUCGCACCGCAGAUGGCACGAGAUCGUCCAGCAAUUGGACGCUACAGGCUACGACGGCGUUGGAAAGUGAAAUCAGUAGUUUUCGGGCGCAACUGGAAAAGAGCUUGCGACAGUUCAAUCAGUACACCGAAAAGGCGUAUCGGCAAGAGGCUCUGCUAGACAAGCAAUCUACCGCUAUCGAUACCGUGCAGGAAAAGGUGGAGAACGUUCUGCAGCUUCACAACGCACUGCAAGACCGUAUCAAGAAGGAGUUGGAGCCGAAGGUCGACGUGGUACUUGGUUUUCUCAGUGAUAUCGCAGAAGACAGUGAUGAAGCAAAGUAUCGCUCUCCUUAAAACUUUAUU